AUGGACCCACAAAACUCCACCACCACCACUACCACACCUCCAAUCCCCUCCACCUCUGAACCGCCCCAACCCCAAUCGCAGCCUCCGCCGCAGCCGCCGCCGUCAUCCGCCUCAGCCCCUUCAACCCCCACCCCAAUCCCUCCGUCCCCAAACCCUAACCCUAAACCCUCAACCCCAUCAUUACCGCCCCCUCAGUCCCUCCCAGCCCCCGCUCAGACUCGGCCUCCGCCCGCAUUGAAUCGCUCAUGGCCGCCGCCCCCUCACUACUCCCACCACUUGCCCUCCCCUUCUCCUUCCGCUUCCUCCGUGCCUCCGGCGCCGUCGGUCUCCGGGCCUCCUCCGAGGGGCGGCAUUGCCAUCGGUGUCCCGGCACACCACCCUAGCCCCCCUUCCCCUCAACCCACUCCCUAUCCCUCAUCUUACGGCCACUUCGGCGGCCUCGGCCGCGGCGCCGGAGUUAGCCUGCCUGAACCCUCCGCCAAUUCCAAUGCUUCUCAGGUGAGGCCGCCGAUGCCAGGAAUGCAGGGAAUGGGGAUGUUGGGCUCGCUUGGUUCGAGUUCUCAAAUGCGCCCGGCCGGGAUUUCUCCACACCAUCCACAGAGACCAGUUCAAUCCCCUCUUAGGCCAGCGUCUACCGCAAGUAAUCAGUCCCCUUCUUCCCAAAAUUUUCAAGGGCAUAACCUUUCAAGAGCCUCAUCAUUGGGAUCUCCUAGUUCCCCAAACACAUCUCAAGGUUUGGCGCUUCAUAGUCAGCCAUGGUUAUCUGGGUCACAAGGGAAGCCUCCUAUACCCUCCUCUCCAUAUAGGCAGCAGAUUGCACCGACAUCGAUGCUGCAAAGAUCACAUCUUCCGCAGCAACAGCAACAGCAGCAACACCUUCCCCUUCCUACAACUCCACCGCAACAGCAGCAAGGACCCAUCACAACAGCUUCACCACAACAGCAUAUGCCAUCUGUGCAGCAUCAACAACCUUCCUCCUCACAUCAAGGACAUGAUCAUUUUGGGCAACAAGCUCCACCCCCAAGGAUCACACAAGCUUCACCUCGUCAGCAACAAAAUACAAGGGUACAGGUCCCAGUAAACCAGAAGUCUUUCCCUCUUGCAGCAGCACAGCCUAACUCAGUCCAAUCAACACAGCAGAAUAGAAUCACUAGUGCAGAAACUGAGGAACCUGGUAACAGAAUUCUUAGUAAAAGAACCAUUCAUGAGCUAGUCAACCAGAUUGAUCCAUCUGAGAGAUUGGAUCCAGAUGUUGAAGACAUUCUCAUGGACAUUGCAGAUGAAUUUGUAGAAUCCAUUACAACAUUUAGUUGCUCACUAGCCAAGCAUCGGAAAUCAACUACAUUGGAAGCAAAAGACAUACUCCUACAUCUUGAAAAAAAUUGGAAUAUAACUCUUCCUGGGUUUGGUGGUGAUGAAAUUAAGGGCUACAGAAAACCGAUUACAAAUGAUAUUCACAAGGGGCGUCUUGCUGCUAUAAAGAAGUCCAUGGUAGCUACUGAGACAGCAAAUACUAGGAAUUCUGCAGGACAAGCUACUGGAAAUGCGAAGGGUGGUCUGGUAAAGGUGCCAGUCAAUAUAAGCUCCCAAAAUGUCAAAAUGCGUGAAGUUACUUGAUACUGAUUCGAGCAUAUCUCAUAAUGAAAAUAGGCGGCAAGCUUUGAUGCGGGCUGUGGGCCAAAAUCUGCCCUUGAGGUACGAACAGCGUAUUUGAAGUAUACGACUUGCACAAACUGAUUGUCGUCACUUUUGGAUCAGGAAACAACAACCAGUUGUGUGGUCAAAACUUUAUGGCGGGUUCUUAAACCUUUUCUAAUUUUGCAGAUGGUCACUGCCUUGUAAAUGAGUUUAACUGCGAUUCUUGAACGUGAAGGAUAUGACAUAAAAAUUGUUAUAUGUUGCUUUGCUCUGGCUCCAAUCAGGGC